GCGUUGCAAUGUUCUACACGUUUCUGACGGAGAGGAGUGUGCUUCCAUGUUAGGAUUUUGGAUAAUGAUUGAUAUUAGGGACAUUAAUACGCCAUGAUCGUCUCGUGCGUAUACAAACAUUAUCUGUUUGUAGUGUGUGGCAUAGCUGUGUUUCGGUGAGUUCUUCGCUUGUGAAAAAUUAAAUCAUGUGCCAGUCUAGUGUUUGUGUUUCUGUGAAACUCCAGUGGGAUCGUGGCUGAAUUUUUCUUAGCUUUUCGUUUUUUGUUCCGAGUUUGCCGGUAACCUGCUUUGUGUGUUGUGUGACUGUGGUGUUUAAUUGUUUUUGCCUCAGCAUUUGCGAUUUUUAGGUCGGUAACCCACUACUAGUUGUGCUCACUCCGAUAAUAGAAUUCACAAUAACGUGAUACGUGAUAACUAAUUUGCAAUGAUGGUUCGUGUGAUAAUGAACAGCCAAAACAUGGCAGCCCCUAUAUAAUUCUUGUAACUUUUUGAAAAGUUCAACAGAAAUUUUCAAUUUGCAGGGCCGUCAAAAGACCUUCAAAACCAUUUACGUUGGUAGGGUACUAACAGUUUUUACAAUAAUUACACGUGGUACUUAAAAAAUGUUUGUGUAUGAACAUGAAGCAGUUUUCUUUUAUUAACACUCAUUGAACUUUCGAGUAUAAAUUUAUAUUUGAAGAAGAUUUGAUUAAUCUUUCCGUAAUAAGUCCAAUCUGCAGUACUUGAUUCCUUCCCGCAUCUUAGUGACCUUGGAUUUUUGUCGGUUUCUAUGUCGUGAAUGUGCGUGUGUGUAAAAAGCGUUCAAGUGCUGCAGGCUGAUGAUAUCUGGUGCCUAAAUAUAAACUGUUUGAAGAUGAUUGUUGUUGUGGAGAUAUUGUUAAAGCAUUCUGAUGAAUGGGAGCGCCAUGUUUGUUCUGCAAGAUAACUCUUGUAGUUGAAUGACACAGAAUUGUUUGUUUUUUACGGGCUCGGUUUCUUUAUCGGCAGCAAAAAGAGGAACUUGCCAACGUUAGAAACUAUCGUAUAUCGUUGCAGAUUGUCUCAGUGUCGCGUCCGCAGUAUAAGCGGCAACGUUAACAGUAAUAAAUGGAAAAAACAAAAGAAGGCCGUAACAAGAAGGAUAACCAUGACGACCGCACGAAGGAAGAGGAAGCGGAAAAAGCAGCCGAGGAGGAGCAGGCACUAGACGAUGAGGACGAUGUGUCGCCAACAGCCACAAACUACAACACCAUCAGCUCGUUGGCGGCUCUAAAGGAGUUAUUGCAUGGGAACAGCAACUCCGAUGACUCGGACGAAGACAUGGCGUGGUUCCAGCACUACUUCUUACAUCACGUGAACCGCCUGCCUAAGCAGGAGUUGAGGUCGCCGUACCUGAGGCCAAUCCUGGAGGGUCGACGGCUUUCGGAGUGCAGAGAGGUCGAGGAGGAGGAAGAGGAGGCGGCUCGGCAUGAAGAGCACGAUGACGAUGAUGAUGAUGAUGAAAAGAGUGAUGACGACGACGACGACGAUGAUGAUGAUGAUGAUGAUGAAAAGAGUGAUGACGGGAAUGACCAAGCUACGACUACGACGACCACGACAUCCGGUCGAGAGGAUACGACAUCAACGUCUUCGACGUCGUCGUUCGAGACCACCAAUAGCAGUGCUGGCAGCCGGAAGGAUCCCCUGGUCCAGCAGCAGCAGCAUUCUUCACCUGCGGCGUCGCUGGCUACGCGUCACACGGUUUCGUCUCCCACCGUGGAUACCGGAGGGGCUUUCCCCCCGCUGUCACCCAUGUUAUUCAACCACCGGAUAUCUCCCCUUCAGUCCCCGCACCUGGAUAAACGCUUCUUCGACAGCUCGCUUAUAGAGAUGAAAUCUCAGGCUUCCUCCAGUUCCACCAUUGACUAUGAUUCUACGGAUGAGGUGUGGAUCAAGAGGAGUGACGUAGUCCCCGAGACCGUCCGCAGGCGCAAGGAGCUGGGGUCGCAACCCUUGCCGGUCAUCAGCGUCACCGAGGACGUGGACGGCAGUAUGGCGUCUGGGCACGAGGGUGGCCGGCCCCGUGCAGGAACGUGGAGUAUAUCCCAUACUCGGCACUUGAACGUGGGUCACGGUUCAUCAAGUCCCUCACCAUCCAGUGCCGCAAAUACACCCUCCUCAUCGACCGGGUCAAGUUCCAGGCAAAGGCGCAAGUCUGGGGACGAUAUACUGCACCAGCAGCAAGCCUCUUCACCUUCCCGAAAGCCCGCAACAAUCUUAGAUGCCUUCAGGCCUCGCUCAAAGUCAGAUGCGUCUCGCACCAAGAAGCCCGUUGGUGCAGGCAGCACCAUCAUCUCACAGAUGAAAAGUGCCAUGCAGCAUUCUCUUAACAUGUCAUCGUCUCCGUCCAACAAAUCGUCAUCUGAUUCAUCAUCUCAUCAUAAUCAUGUUGACUUGUCAAGUGGUCACACCCAGGUACGACCGCGUGCGGGCUCUGAGAGUAGCAGUGGUCGGGGCCCAGUCUCCAAGGUGAUGGAUAUGUUUCGUCAUCGAUCCCACAGUGCCGUGUCUGCCGAAGACAAGAGGAAAGCGAGGGCGGCAGCGCACCAGCAGCAAAUAGCAGCUCAAAGUGCGCUUCUCAGGCGCAGUUCCUUGGAACCCGACAGACGGUGCUUCUCCCUAGGGACCACAACGACGCAUCACCGCGCGUCCGAUGUCAGUCUGGACCCACAUCAUGCUGCAAUAUUGUUCAGGGAUUCUCGAGGGCUUCCAGUGGCGGACCCUUUCCUGGAGAAGGUCAGCAUCUCCGAUCUUGUGGAAGAUGAGAGCCAGAUCUUUGUCAAGUUCUUCAAGUUCCACAAGUGCUAUGACUUGAUCCCUACCAGUGCCAAGCUCGUCGUGUUUGAUACACAGCUGCUGGUUAAGAAGGCAUUCUUUGCCCUUGUCUACAAUGGUGUGAGGGCAGCACCUCUGUGGGACUCUAAGCGGCAGCAGUUUGUUGGGAUGCUGACAAUCACAGAUUUCAUCAAGAUCCUGCAGAUGUACUACACAUCCCCCUCUGUCACAAUGGAGGAGCUGGAGGAACACAAGCUAGAUACUUGGCGCAAUGUGCUGAAGAAUCAGGUGAUGCCUCUUGUUAGCAUCUCACCCGACGCAUCAUUGUUUGAUGCAAUCCGAACACUGAUACACAACCGCAUUCAUCGGCUGCCCGUCAUCGACCAUAAAACAGGGAAUGUAUUGUACAUACUCACACACAAACGUAUCCUGCGUUUCCUCUUCCUAUAUAUCAGUGACCUGCCAAAGCCAAGUUACAUGAACAAAACACUGAGUGAGUUGAAGAUUGGUUCAUACGAUAACAUAGAGACGGCCAACGAGGAUACGAGCAUCAUUCUAGCGCUGAAGAAAUUUGUGGAGAGGAGGGUGUCCGCGUUGCCCAUCAUUGACCCAGAGGGACGACUUGUUGACAUUUAUGCGAAGUUUGAUGUCAUUAACUUAGCUGCGGAGAAAACGUACAACAACCUAGACGUAUCGCUUAAGAAAGCCAACGAGCAUCGCAACGAAUGGUUUGAGGGUGUGCACAAAUGCAAAUUAGAAGAGACGCUGCAAACCAUUAUGGAGAGGAUUGUGCGGGCAGAGGUGCACAGAUUGGUUGUGGUUGAUGAAGAGGAUAAGGUGAUUGGCAUCAUCUCAUUGUCAGACCUGCUGCUAUAUCUCGUGCUGAGGCCCUGUGGUGAGGACAGUACUGGUGGUGAAGGAGUGGGUAGUUCCUUGCGCCAACAAGAUGCAAGCCUCCAUCAUCAGGCAUCAUCAGACACAACUACAACAAUACCUGAAGAGGAUGCUGGCACUCUCAGUGAAGGUGAUAGUGGCCCACCAUCUCCUAUACCUGCUACUACACAGCUUGACAGUGGUGGUCCAGCCUGGCGCGAAGUAACGGUGUCAGGUGGCGAGUGAGGCGCUCCUUUGACUCACCUGAUCACUCAACAAUGGCAUCACCAGGGAUUUUACAAGUCCCAUCUUAGAUGUUACAUUCUGUAUCAUAAUCUUCAUCCUAGCUGCCUUUGACACCUGAAUGGGGUGAGGAGUUGGUCUCCCAGAAAGUUUACUAGGUUGUAUUUCCCUCAGUACAGAGGGGAAUGUACACGCAGAAACCAGUGUGUCAUUGCUACUGACAAGAACAAGUUUGGAGUGAAGGAUUAUGGGAGGUGGAACUGUGAAUUUUAAUUGUGACGGAUGAGAUAGUUGAAUGCAGGAAUAUCUUCAUGUUAGUAAGGUUACGAGGGACCAGAUGGAGGCAGAGUGUAAAGGGUGAGUGUGUCUGCAUGCCAUCUGGGUCUGCUCAGUUUUGACUGACAUAAAUGAAGAAAUAUUGUACAUGUUAACUGCUACAGCAAAAGGUCUAAACUUAUGUUUUAUAUCAUAGUUGGAUCAUUUCUUAAGAAGGAGGGGUGCAGAAGUAAUAAUUUUGAUGGUAACUUUCUUGUCCAUGUGUUUUCUUUUGUCUUAAAGAGCAUGCAGGUUUAUUAUUAAAAUAGCAGCAGAGCUGGUGACACCUACAACUAUUAUUUUUAACUUUUCUAUUAUGACUUGAGCAAUACAGUUGCCCUCUUUGAUCUGUUUCCAUAAAAAGUUUGUGUUGCUAAAGAGGUCUAAGGAAAUAGAGGCACCCCUCCCUGAUUUUUUUAAAUUCUGCAGGUGGAACAUUAAGUUCAGACCAGUGCAGAUUUCAGAAAUAUAAAUAAACAAAGAAAUAAGACAGA